AAGAUUUCAGUGGCGGGGCGGAGGUGGGUGGUCACUCUCGCGAGACUUGCAGGUACGUCGGCGGCUGCCCGAGGGAUGAGAGGACCGGAAGUCCUUCAUCUUGAGCAUCCAGUGUUGGAAGCGGCCUUUCUUUACCGGAAGUCCUUUUCCGAGGGACAGGAAGAAGGCCCACCUGGCCGGAAGUCUCACCUCCUUGAGCUCCCCCGCCCUUCUAGAAGUGUUUCUGUCAUCUGUGCUUACUUCUGGUCCCUUUAUCCGUUUUAUCUCUAUACCAAAAAAGGAUACAUUUUGUAUCUUCCUUAACUCCACUAAACGAGUUGGAUAGCUCACUCCCCGAGUCGGGGUUCUUUCCCCGGCGACCCCAUGUAGCUGAGAAGUGGGACCUGGGGGUGGUUGGACCCCUGGGAUCCUGAAGGGGUUAGGAGGGCGCAGAAAUACGCUCUGCCCCUUCUACAAGGACGCGACUUCCUCAACCUUUCUUCGCCCGCUGCCAUGCACUCUGUGGCCUUCCCGCUUCCUGUGGUUGUGGCUACUGUGUUGUGGGGAGCAACCCCCAUUCGGGGGCUCAUUCGAGCGACUUCGGAGCACAAUGCCAGCAUGGACUUUGCAGACCUCCCAGCUCUGUUUGGGGCCACUCUGAGUCAAGAGGGACUCCAGGGGUUCCUUGUGGAGGCUCACCCAGAAAAUGCCUGCAGCCCCAUUGCCCCACCACCCUCAGCCCCGGUCAACGGGUCAGUCUUUAUUGCACUGCUUCGAAGAUUCGACUGCAACUUUGACCUCAAGGUCCUAAAUGCUCAGAAGGCUGGGUAUGGUGCAGCUGUGGUACACAAUGUGAAUUCCAAUGAACUGUUGAACAUGGUGUGGAAUAGUGAGGAAAUCCAGCAGCAGAUAUGGAUCCCAUCUGUGUUUAUUGGGGAGAGGAGCGCCAAGUACCUGCGUGCCCUCUUUGUCUACGAGAAAGGGGCUCAGGUGCUUCUUGUUCCAGAUAAUAGCUUCCCCUUGGGCUAUUACCUUAUUCCUUUCACUGGGAUUGUAGGACUGCUGGUUUUGGCUAUGGGAGCACUAAUGAUAGUUCGUUGUAUCCAGCACCGGAAAAGGCUCCAGCGGAAUCGACUUACCAAAGAGCAACUGAAACAGAUUCCUACCCAUGACUAUCAGAAGGGAGACCAGUAUGAUGUCUGUGCCAUUUGCCUGGAUGAAUAUGAAGAUGGGGACAAGCUUCGGGUACUCCCCUGUGCCCAUGCCUAUCACAGCCGCUGUGUGGACCCCUGGCUCACUCAGACCCGCAAGACCUGCCCCAUCUGCAAGCAGCCUGUUCAUCGGGGUCCUGGGGACGAGGAAGAGGAAGAGACUCGGCGGCAUGAAGAAGGGGAUGAGGAGGGGGAGCCAAGGGACCACCCUGCCUCAGAACGGACCCCACUCCUGAGUUCUAGCCCCACUCUUCCUACUUCUUUUGGCUCCCUAGCUCCAGCCCCCCUUGUUUUUCCUGGACCCUCAACAGAUCCCCCACCUUCUCCUUCCUCCUCCUCCUCUUCCUCCGCCAUACUUGUCUAAUACUUCCCUAACACUUGGCAUUUCUGGUGACCUAUUUGCACAGGCCCUCUUCCUCCAGUCUUCUAAAUUCUGAUAAGGGAGAAACCUAGGCUGGAAAUGGCCCCAUCCUUCUGAGGGGUUGUGUAUUGGGGAGGGUCAGAGGGGAUUUGGGUCUUCACAUGGGUUAAUAAAAUUGUUUUUGUGGACUAA